AACUCAUUUAAUUUAGAAAACUAUAAAAGAUAGAAGUUUAAAGUUUUAGAUUUUGAUGAGUGCAAAGUUUCCUACUCUUUGGCCUUUACAUACUUUUUGUGCUUCGUCUCAAAGAACCUCUUCUUAUAGAAAACCAUAUAAAGGAAAGAAUCCAUGAGUAGUAGACAUACUCUUAAAUCCCUUGUGUUGAUACCGUUAUUUGUCUUGGUAACCUGUAAUGCAUUUGAAGAUUUUCUUCAUUGCAUAUCCACCAGUUCCAAAGAAAACAUUGGCAAAUAUGUUCACAAGCCUAAUUCUCCAGAGUACUCAUCACUCCUGAAAUAUGCCCAAAAGAUUUCAAGAUGGUCAAAUUCAACAUCUGCGUUCCCUCUUUUUAUCGUCACACCAUAUCAUGAGGCCCAAAUAAGAGCCAUUAUUCUUUGCAGCAAAAAGCUUGGUUUACAAAUCAGAGUCAAGAGUGGGGGACAUGACUAUGAAGGCCUCUCAUACCGCUGUCGAUCCCCGUUCAUCAUGAUUGAUCUAUGCAAUCUCAAAUCCAUUAACAUUGAUCUGGUAAGUGAAACUGCCUGGAUUCAGACUGGGGUAACUCUAGGCCAACUUUACUACGCAAUUGCUCAAAAAAGUAAAACCCAUGCAUUUGCUGGUGGCCUAUGUCCUACAGUUGGAUCAGGUGGGCACAUAAGUGGUGGAGGCGUGGGGACUUUGUUAAGAAAGUAUGGUCUUGCUGCUGAUAACGUUGUAGAUGCAAGAGUUAUGGAUGCCAAUGGACAAAUUCUUGACAAGAGAAAAAUGGGCGAAGAUUUGUUUUGGGCUAUAAGGGGAGGUGGAGGAGCAAGUUUUGGGGUAAUACUUGCAUGGAAACUCAAGCUAUCUCGUGUUCCUGAGCAGGUUACAGCUUUCACAGUUCGUAGAAAGCUUAAUCGUGGCAAUAUAAAAUUGAUCCAGAGAUGGCAAAAUAUUGCCCAUCAAUUUCCUGAAGAUAUUUUCGUGAGAAUGAUCCUUCAAAAUCCAGCACCAGUUAUAAAAGGAGGAGAAAAGAUUGUUCAAAUUUCCUUUCAAGGUUUGUAUCUUGGGACGGCUGAUAAGCUUGUUACUUUAUCAAGCCGAUACUUGCCGGAAUUUGGGAUAAAGGUUAGAGAUUGCUUUCAAGAUCCCAUUGAAAUUAAAAAUUGCAAAAGGAAACCUUGCAUCAAGAAAGAAUGCUAUCAAGUUCCGUGGAUCAAAUCAGCACUUUAUUUUGCAUCAAAAACACCUAAAAGUUCGUUGAACUAUUUGGUGAGCAAAAGUAGCGCGCCUGCUUAUUACAAGGCAAAAUCUGAUUUUGUUACACGACCAAUACCAGAUAAGGCAUGGGUAUUGCUAAAGAAAAUGUUUCUUGAAGAAGACAGUCCCAUGAUGAUAUUAGAUCCUUUUGGUGGAAGAAUGAGUCAUAUUUGCAAGUCUGAACUUCCAUUCCCACAUAGGAAUGGGACAUUGUAUAACAUACAAUACUUGGUAAAGUGGAAACACAAUAACCAAAGUGAGAGCAACAAGCAUAUUAAAUGGAUAAGAAAGCUCCAUAAGAAAAUGGAGCCAUUUGUGUCUCAAUCUCCUAGAGCUGCAUAUAUCAAUUACAGGGAUCUUGAUUUGGGGGUCAAUGGAGAGGGGUACAAGUAUGAGGAAGCAAAGACAUGGGGAGAAAUGUACUUCAAAGACAAUUUUGAAAAGUUGGCAAGGAUAAAGAGCAAGGUUGAUCCUAGCAACUUCUUCAGGAACGAACAAAGUAUUCCACUUUUAUUUUGAGGCUAAAACAGCACAAAUAUGCAUUUGCGUAGUUUGCCAACCAUGCUAAUAGCCCUUCACAGUAGAGCAGUUGCUUUUCGAAGUUUCUUUGUUAUUAGUUCGUAUGUUGUCGUCCUCCAUGAGCAGUGCAUGUGAUAGGAUGCUUGCGAAUUGGGCUCUGUUGUGCAUUUACGAGGUUGCAAGACUAAUCAAGGAUUUGGUAAAUCGGGCUUUUGAGGAAGCAUUAAAGGAUGCGCAGCUGAUAGAGAAUAUUGCACAAAAAUCCCAGGAGCAAUCGUGUCAAAGACACGGAAGAUACUUGGCAAUGGAUGGACUAAACUUGGAAAGGAAGAGAAAAAAAAAGAGGAUGCAACGUCUUACAGUUAAGCACUGGGGCUACGUUAGUCAUUGGUGUAUUUUACUUGGCAACAGAGAUGCCCUUCUCAUUUUGUCCCACUCCCACCUUCUGCUGGGAGUGGGAAAGCAAAGAAGGGUUCUAAAGGUGGUGCGGCUGCCGAUGCUCCAAAGGAAUCAACCCUUAGCAAAGAAGUCAAAUCCACCACGGUUGUUGGUGCCAAUAUUCUCAAGGAUGGAGCAGACCCGAAGAUCUUGCCAGACUCGGAGUAUCGUGAAUGGCUGUCACACCUGCUUGAUAAACGCCCGGCACUAAGUGAGCUAAGAAGGAAAGACCUGGAAACUCUUCCUUACGAGGACCUAAAACGUUUUGUCAAACUGGACAAUCGAGCAAGGAUCAAGGAAAAUAAUUCCAUCAAAGCCAAGAACUGAGGUUACUGAGCUGAGCUGCUGCUGUUUACAAAAGGUCCAUGUACCGUACUCCUGUUAGAGAUUUAAAGUCGUUCAUCUCAACAGAGGUUUCCCCUGUUGGUAGUUUGUUUGGGUUUUGCGUUUAUCCUGAUGCUGUUCAAACUUUGAUAAGGUCUGCCGGAGUAAAUAACUCUGCAAGUUACUGCAGCAAAUCUGGUUAUGACUCUUAAA